AGCCGACGGAUUAUUCACGCGCCAUUUGACAGUUAUGCCGUGUCCUGUAAUGACUGUAGUGCAUCAUAGUGUAACGUAGUGAUUCUUGCUGCCAAUAAACACUAAAGAGCUAUGCAUAGAUCUCUAUGAUCAUAGCCAGCAAUUAUCCUUACGUUACAAUAAAUAAUUAGAAAGCUUUAAUUCAAGACCAGUUUAAAAAAUAAAUACUUUGGGAAGUGUAUGUGCAAUGCUGAUAAGUACUAGCCGGUGAGUGUGUGAGUGCGUGCGAUGGCGCGGGGUGCCGUGUUAUCGUCGACCAUCUUGGUGUUAAUUUUAUCAAUAUUGGAGACAACAUUUGCGCAUUAUACGCCUACAUGGGCCGUCCACAUACCGGGAGGAAAGGAGGCUGCAGAUGCAGUGGCCAGCGACCAUGGCUUCAUCAAUUUAGGAGAGAUAUUCGAUGACCACUAUCACUUCCACCACAAUGCUAUUGUGAAGCGGUCGAUCACACCUGCGCACGAGCAUCAUGGCAAGCUAGAGGGAGACAACCGAGUCAGAUGGGCGAGACAACAACGUGCCCUCUCAAGAAAGAAGAGAGAUUUUCAAACUAUACCAGAUUCAUAUCAUUCUACAGCUAAAACGACGCCAUCCGAUGCGCAAGCGUCGGCCGCGCCUGCGCCGUCAGCGGCGUCGAAGCGCGACACUAAUUCGAAGCGAGAGCUCCAACCGUCACGGGUGAAGGGACGGCCAAGAGCUGCAGACUCUAAGUUUCAACUCAACGACCCAAAGUGGCCUCACAUGUGGUAUCUAAACCGAGGAGGUGGUUUAGAUAUGAACGUGAUACCGGCGUGGCGGGAAGGUAUCACUGGCCGAGGGGUGGUCGUGACCAUCCUUGACGACGGCCUUGAGACUGACCAUCCUGAUUUAGUAGCUAAUUAUGACCCAAUGGCGUCAUACGAUGUCAACUCCCACGACUCAGACCCUCAGCCGAGGUAUGACAUGAUCGACUCCAACCGUCAUGGAACCAGGUGUGCUGGAGAAGUGGCUGCCACUGCCAACAACUCCUUGUGUGCCGUGGGAGUUGCUUAUGGGGCUAAUGUUGGAGGAGUACGUAUGCUGGACGGUGACGUCACAGAUGCAGUGGAAGCUCGUUCAUUGAGUCUGAACCCUCAGCAUGUGGACAUAUACAGCGCAUCCUGGGGACCAGAUGAUGAUGGGAAGACUGUUGAUGGACCUGGAGAACUGGCCACUAGGGCCUUCAUUGAAGGAGUUACUAAGGGUCGUAACGGCAAGGGUUCCAUUUUCGUGUGGGCCUCAGGAAAUGGCGGAAGGGAGCACGAUAACUGCAACUGUGAUGGGUAUACCAAUUCUAUAUGGACCCUGUCGAUAUCUUCGGCGACGGAGCGAGGGGAGGUGCCUUGGUACUCAGAGAUGUGCAGUUCUACCCUCGCUGCUACGUACAGCAGCGGUGCUAUUAAUGAGAAACAGGUGGUGACAACAGAUCUGCAUCACUCCUGCACAGCGGGACACACUGGCACAUCUGCGUCUGCGCCGCUUGCUGCUGGCAUCUGCGCUUUAGCUCUACAAGCCAACAGAGACCUCACCUGGAGAGAUAUGCAGCAUAUUGUGGUCCGAACAGCGCGACCUGAGCGUCUCAGCAUUGGUGGCGAAUGGCGAGUCAAUGGGGUUGGUCGAAACGUCUCCCACUCCUUUGGCUAUGGACUCUUGGACGCUGCAGGGAUGGUCAGGCUGGCCAAGAGUUGGAGAACUGUUCCUCCACAACGAAGAUGUGAACUGGCUGCUCCAAGGCCACAAAGACCGGUUCCACCUAGGUCUUCUGUUACAUUGCAGCUGGACGUGGGCGCUUGUCCAGGAGUAAACUACUUGGAACACGUGCAGGCACGCGUGUCACUGUCAGCUGCGAGACGAGGUGACCUCCGCAUCGUUCUCACGUCUCCAGCUGGAACUAAAGUUACUCUGCUUGCACCGAGGCCGCACGACUCGUCUCGCACUGGGUUCAGCUCGUGGCCUUUCAUGUCCGUGCACAUGUGGGGCGAGUCACCGCUCGGGCCCUGGCGGCUAGAAGUCACCAACGAGGGACGAUUUAUGGGGCGAGCGACGUUGCAAGAUUGGUCUUUAACUUUAUAUGGAACUAGCACGCCUGCAGCUAAAAACGAUCCCAUACCAUUCCGGAAUCCAAUUAUACGCAACAAGGGCAACGCAACGCGACCUAUCGUGGUGCAAGCGGGCCGCAAAAACAAUAGAGGGAAGCCCGUGCCGAUCGUCCCCACUUAUACCGUGGGACUAGUGAAGAGGAAAAAGAAUAAGAAUUCUAAAAAUCCGAAUAGGAACUCUCAAAAGUCAAAACAGAGUCGCCCGGCUACUCGGUCGCCGAUUGAGAGUACGACGGCACGGGUGACGACGUCGACGGCGGCCGACCUGAGUCUAAACCUGCGUGCGGAUCUGACGGACCCGCUGGCGGACGCGCGCGGUCGCAAGAUGUCGAGCCUGUUCGAGCAGUAUCCGAAGAUACAGCGCAUAUACCCCGCGCCGCUACAAGCCCACGCUGGUCCACUGACUCAAUGGGAGUUGAUAUUCUACGGUACGGAGACGCCUCCUCAAGAGGAAGACGCGCCUCCUGAGACGAACUCGUUGAGUGGAGGAGCGGUGCCGGUCGCGGUUGCCGCUCCCGCAGAACCACCGGGGCCGGUGACGACGUGGAACGGCGCGAACGAGCCCCCUGAGUCAGUCGAGGAAGUGAGACAGAAUGCACUCGACGACGACCUCACCCUCGUCUGGCAUUCGCAUACGAUAAGCGAAGACAGCCCCCCUGAGACAGUGGACCCCGGCAACGCGGGACAGUACACGGGCAACGCGUCGGGUUGCGCAACACACGCGCCACAGUCGCUCCACUGCCUAGAGUGCGCGAAGGGCUUGCAUUUGUACUCCGGUCGAUGCUACAAACGUUGUCCUGAUGGUACGUAUGCCAGUGAGAUUACAAUGGAGAGGAGCUCAAGAAGACGUAACCUAACUUAUUUUUCCGAGGGGACGGUAAUGAAAAGACAGGACGGUGGCGCCCCUCAGCAUACGGCGUUGGAAGCUUUAGAUAUGGAGCCAGCCUCUAACGAGAGCGCGACUAAGCCCCCUCUCACGUGCCUUCCGUGUCAUUACACAUGCGCCACAUGCGUGGGCCCUCACAACAAUCAAUGUUUGUCAUGUUUAGACGACGCUCAACUCUUCAAUUUAACCGACACCGAACCAAAAUUCUACUGUUACCCAAACACGGUACUGUCUAAAAUAAAGGACGCUGAUUGGCAUUACAGACUCAACGUUGCUCUUGUUGUUGUCUUAUUUGUAGUCAGUUCUGCCUGUUUGUACUUCCUGCUGUCGUGUGUCACGAAGAGGUAUUGUUGCGGCGGCUACUACAAACCAAAUAUAGUGUAUAACAAAUUGGCUGUAGAUGAUAAACUGCAGAGUGCGGCAGAGGUUGAAGAGGAGAUUCAUAAGGCUUUAAAGGAUUAUAGUGAGAGCGAAUCUGAGGAUGACUUGAAUUUAUAGCAAUUGUUAACAUUCCAACCGAAGUAUUACGAACUCAUCGAUCGGGUAACCGAUAGUGACUAGGAGAUUAGGUACAGACCAGAUGCAGGGCUCGUGUUGUGAUAUUUAUCAUUCAGUCGUCACAAUGUUUAAUGUUAGAUAGUAAACGAGUAUUAGUAUUAGUUGAAUGAGAUUUUUAAUUCGUACAAACGUUUUGAGUUUAUUUUGAAAUUAUUCCAAAGAGCUGUAACAAACUCUUGAACUUUAUUUUUGUCUAUUUUUCUAUAUUUUCGGGAUUUUCCUUUUCGUAGUACUUUAUUAAAUCGGUAAUUGGUUUUUAUGUCUUACUUUUGUAAUUUUCUUUUCUUAUUCUUUAAUUUAGGUUAUGAAGUAUAAUAAAAUAGAGUAUUAAAGAACAUUCCAUUUGAAAAUGAGACAUUCGAGGUCCUUGAAAUUACACUUAAUCCCCAUAGCUUUUGGCAACAUUGGGGUACUUUUAUUAUUUCUAAAAGGGGCUUACUCACCCUCUUGGAACAUAGCGCUAUUUUUCUAUUUGCUCAAAAUUCUACUCAUUUCGUUGUUUUUAAUGCUUUUUUUUAGUUUGUAAGUUUUGAGAUUCACUCAGAGAGACUCAAAAGUAAUUAUAUUUUUUUUAGUUUUAUUCGAUAUCGUAAUAAGAGUCGCAUAAUAUUAGCUUAGGUUACUUGCUCACGAUGCCAUUCUUGUUUGUAUGUGUGUGCCAAUCCCUCGGUAUUUGGUACAGUGUAAAUAUUUUUGUAUGUAAAUAAAUGAGUUCCUAUUUUCA